UCACCAAUAUACAACCAAACUCUGCCUCUCUAGCUAGAUAAGUCCCUUCAUUCUUCCUUCACUAGCAAGCAAACACAUGAAUAUGUCACCAAUUUAACUUAUCCUACCCUUGAACCGACGUCUCUAUACACAUAUAUAGGAUUAUACACAACAUAUAGAGCUAAUUAUUUGACACAGACAUACAUAUAUAUAUAUAUAUGGGUAACGCAGACGACAAAAGCCCGUACCAUGUUGUGAUUCCUCCACCAAAACCAUUUCUCAAGUCCCUGAAAGACAAUCUCAAAGAGACUUUUUUCCCUGAUGAUCCUUUCAGGCAAUUCAGGAAUGAAACUCUCUCUAGAAGAAUUGUUUUAGGGUUGCAGUACUUUGUACCGAUCUUGGAAUGGGCUCCUCGCUACACUUUCGACUCCUUCAAAGCCGAUCUUGUAGCCGGAAUUACUAUUGCCAGUCUUGCUGUUCCUCAAGGCAUAAGCUAUGCCAAUUUAGCCAACUUACCACCCAUUUUGGGUCUAUACUCGAGCUUUGUACCGCCUCUCGUGUAUGCCAUGCUAGGAAGUUCGAGAGACGUGGCGGUGGGCACGGUCGCCGUUGCAUCGCUCCUGAUAGCAUCUAUGUUGGGGAAGGAGAUUAACCCUAAUGAGAACCCAAAGCUUUAUCUUCAACUAGCUUUGACAGCUACUUUCUUUGCCGGAGUUCUUCAAGCUGCUAUGGGAUUCUUAAGGCUUGGGUUCAUCGUGGACUUUCUGUCACAUGCAACAAUAGUUGGUUUUAUGGGUGGAGCGGCCACUGUGGUUUGUCUUCAGCAGUUGAAAGGGAUUCUGGGCUUGGUUCAUUUCACUAGUGGGACUGAUCUUGUUUCAGCCAUGCGCUCUGUCUUCACCCAAACUCACCAGUGGAGAUGGGAAAGUGUUGUCUUGGGGUGUUGCUUCCUCUUCUUCCUACUCCUCACUAGAUACUUAACCAAGAAAAAAGCAGCCUUCUUUUGGAUCAAUGCAAUGGCUCCUCUCACCUCUGUUGUUUUGGGAAGCCUCCUUGUUUAUUUCACUCAUGCUGAAAAACAUGGUGUUCAAGUGAUUGGGCACCUGAAGAAAGGUUUGAAUCCACCAUCUGUCACGGAAUUGGCUUUUGGGUCUCAAUAUCUCACCACAGCCAUCAAAACUGGAGCCAUCACUGGCGUCAUUGCUCUUGCGGAAGGAAUAGCAGUUGGGAGAAGCUUUGCCAUGUUUAAGAACUAUCACAUCGAUGGCAACAAAGAGAUGAUCGCCUUUGGGAUGAUGAACAUCGCAGGCUCUUGUACUUCUUGCUACUUAACCACAGGUCCUUUUUCCCGAACAGCAGUGAAUUUCAAUGCAGGAUGCAAGACAGCAGUGUCCAACAUAGUAAUGGCAACGGCUGUGAUGAUCACAUUGUUAUUCCUCACCCCCUUAUUCCACUACACUCCCCUUGUGGUGCUUUCCUCCAUCAUCAUUGCUGCCAUGAUCGGCCUGAUAGACUACGAAGCCGCCAUUCACCUCUGGAGAGUCGACAAGUUUGAUUUCCUUGUCUGCAUCAGUGCUUACAUUGGUGUGGUCUUUGGCAGUGUAGAGAUUGGCUUAGUUAUUGCGGUCGCACUGUCCUUGCUAAGGAUGCUCCUAUUUCUGGCAAGGCCAAGGAUUAUUGCUUUGGGUAACCUUCCCAACAGCAUGAUUUACAGAAACAGAGAUCAAUAUCAAGUUUCUAACAGUGUUCCUGGAGUUCUCAUUCUUCAAAUCGACACACCCAUCUACUUCGCAAAUUCAAACUACCUAAGAGAAAGGAUCUCAAGAUGGAUCAACGAGGAGGAAGACAAGCUAAAAUCUACAGAAGGACCAAGCUUACAGUAUGUUAUCCUAGAUAUGAGUGCUGUUGGUAGCAUAGAUACAAGUGGGACAAGCAUGCUCGAAGAGCUCUGCAAGAAUAUUGAUAGAAGGGGUCUCAAGCUGGUGCUAGCAAACCCACAAAGCGAGGCAAUUAAAAAGCUAGAGAAAACAAAGCUAAUAGAGACUAUUGGCCAAGAAUGGAUCUAUCUUACAGUGGGAGAGGCUGUAGCAGCAUGCAACUUCAUGUUAUCCACAUGCAAAUCAAAUAGGCUCACAGCAGAAUGCAGUGCACAAGACAACAAUGUCUGAUCUAGAAGGAGCGAAGAGCUGCAGAAGGCUUGAUGCAUCCUAAAUAAUACCAUAGAGCAAGAAAAGGGGCAAAGCAGACACUUCCUGGGGUGAACUUACAAAGCAUGUGCAGUAUAAAAUACAUGCAAUUGCAAAUUGGGAUAUUGAUUCUUACUAGAUAAGAAUUCUUUUCCCCUUUCAAUUGUUCCUUCCAUCAGUAAUAUUCAAAAUCAAAAUCAGAUCCUUAAUCUUUAAUCACAUACUUGGGCCUCUAAUGGCGAUGCAUCAACAAUGAAUCCUUUCUCCUAUUAUCUAAAAUUUAUUACGACCUGUCAAACCAACAUCUCUGACUUACACUAACAAGAGAGAGAGAGAGAGAGAACAGAUAAGAGAGCAUUGAAAACAUGUCAUACUACUCUCAUA